AGAGGCCAGCGGUGGGCUUCAUCCGUCUCUCCGUUCUUGAUCCGUCCAUCAUGAUGAAGAUCCUCCUGCUUGUCUGUGUCCUGACGGCGUGUGUGUGCGCAGAUCACCACGACAGCGCCCCCCUCAGGCUGGCUGAUGCUGCUGCAGCUCAGGCCUUCAUUGACUCUGCAGAUGUGGCAGUGAUCGGCUUCUUCCAGGAUGAGUCUGCGCGCGGACACACAGAGUUUCUGGAUGCUGUUAAACAGAUGCAGGGACUUCCUGUUGCCCUCUGCAGUGAGAAGGAAGUUUGGGCCAAAUAUGGCAUUUCCUCCGACACCAUCUCCGUCUUCAGGAAGGCUGAUCUUCAUCAGGAGCAUCUGAAACUCUCUGAGGCCAAGAAGGUGGAUUCUGCUGGACUCCUGCGCUUCCUGAUCAUCAACAACAUCAGUUACGUCACAGAGUAUAAUCAAGCGUCUGCAGUGGGCAUCUUCCAGUCGUCAGUAAAGACUCAUGUUCUGCUGGUGUGUGCCGGCGGUCGCUCCUCUUCAGACCCGCAGCAGAAACUCUUCAGAGAUCUGGCAGUGAAGUACGCUGGGAAGUUGUUGUUCAUUCUGGUGAACGGAGCAGAUAAAUCCAACAGCCGUGUUCUGGAGUAUUUCAGCCUGAAGUCUGCAGAUCUCCCCCGGGUCGGCCUUUAUGACGUCACGCUGGACCAGAAGUGGCUGAUGGCGGCGGGAGAGAUCACUACUGAGCGCGUGCAGAACUUCUGCGACUCCUUCCUGGACGGAGAACUGCAGAAGCAGAGAGACGCUGAAGACAAAACUGAGCUCUGAUCAGAUGUUUAUCUGCAUUAAAACAGAACCUGAUCCUAAAGCUGCAGCAGUGGUGUGUGUGUGUGUCUGUGUGUGUGUGUGUGUGUGUCUGGCUGCCACAUAUAUAGUGUGUAUUCGCCACACUGUGAGGCUGUAAACUCAUGAUGGAGAAUAAAGACACGCAGCUUUAAA